UUACUAGCCAGAUGGAAAAUGGCAGGACUGAGCCCCGGGGAUCGCUGGGCCGAAGCAUUAAUUGAUGAGCUGAGAAGAAAUCCAUGUCCAUCGGAGGAACUAAGAAACAAUUUUGAUUGCUGUGGCUGUAGUGACUGUAUGAGAAUGAAAAAGGAACGUAUGUGUGACAAUGGAAGAAGCCAGUCAACAUUUGGGGAAGGCAGUAUGACCUACACCAAGGAACAGUUACUUGGAGUUCAAAGAAUAAAGGAGAGUAAGAAUUACUAUGAAAUUCUAGGCGUAGGAAGAGAUGCAAAAGAUGAAGAACUAAAGAAAGCUUACCGAAAACUUGCCCUUAAAUUUCAUCCUGACAAGAAUUGUGCUCCAGGAGCAACGGAUGCAUUCAAAGCAAUCGGCACAGCUUUUGCAGUUUUGAGCAACCCUGAAAAGAGAUCACAAUAUGAUCAGUUUGGAGAUAAGGAAGAUACUUUUUAUACUAAUGUGCCCAACCACUAUAACUAUUACAGAGAAUUUGAAGCGGAUAUAACACCGGAAGAAAUAUUUAAUAUGUUUUUCGGAGGGAAUUUCCCAACAGGAAAUAUACAUAUGUUUUCCAAUUCUUCAAUGGACCCUCCAUGUUAUCCACAGCGGAACAGACAUGAGAGGACAUGGACCCAGGAUGAAGAGGAGGAAGAAAUUAGACCACAGAAUACAUACUCAGCAUUUAUCCAGUUACUACCAGUCUUUAUUAUAAUAGCUGUAUCAAUAGUAACUCAGCUGAUGGCUAGUAAUCCACCCUACAGCCUCUUCUUUAAAUCGUCUCUAGGGCACACUGUUAUUAGAGAAACACAAAAUCUGCAGGUGCCUUAUUAUGUGGAUAAAAACUUUGAAAAUAAUUAUCAUGGAGAAGAACUUGAAGAACUUGAAAAACAUAUUGAGAAAGAUUAUAUUGAUUAUGUCCAAACUAGUUGUAGGAAAGAAAAACAACAAAAAUCAGAGUUAUCUAAUUUGGCCAAGCUAUACCGAGAUGAGCGACUGAAGCAGAAAGCCGAAUCCAUAAAACUUGAGAACUGUGAAAAGCUCUCCAACCUUAUAGGGAUUCAAAGGAGUCGCCAGUUGGCAGAGGCAUGAGAGA